AUGAUGGAGACGGAUGUUCGGACUUCUCCAUCAUGGGAAGAACAUUCGAUUCUUGGACAAACUUUGAAGAGUGGUUGGGUUCGAAGGAGCGCGAGACGUGUUCCAAGCUUACAAGGAGACGGAAAAGAGAUCGACUCGCAGGAAGUGAAGCAGCGAUACAAAAGUACCAAGCGUGUACAUAAGCAUUGCCCUUGCUUCGCAAAGGUCAGAGUCCGCGGCGACAACGUAGUUGAAGUUACGGCGUGUUUUGGGCACAUGGGGCACAACAUCUGUCACGCGUCCUUCCCACUCUCGAGUGAAGACGAGUUAACAAUUAAGUCGAUGCUAGUAGCAGACAUUCCACCACACGCAGUAUAUUUAUAG